AUGGAAGACCAUAGACUAUUAGAACUAGAAUUCGCCAUAAAAGAUUUAAAAUGGGAUAUUAUUGGACUUUCGGAGGUUAGAAGAUCUGGAGAAGAAAUAAGAGAAUAUAAUGACUUUAUAUUUUACUACAAAGGAGAAAAGCAAGGAAGGUAUGGAGUAGGAUUCAUUGUAAAAAAAUACCUUAAAGAUAAAAUAGUUAGUUUCGAAGGGAUAUCCGACAGACUUAUAGCUCUUAAUGUGAAACUGAGCCCAUCAAAACCACCUUUAACAAUUAUUCAAGCCUAUGCACCAAGCGAACAAGAUACCAAGAUAGAAAAGGAAAAAUUUUACAACAAACUGACUGAAGUAGCACAAAGAAUGAACAAAAAUUUAGUAGUCGUUGGCGACUUCAAUGCAAAGGUGGGCAAUCACAGGAUGGUGAGAGGCGCCAUGAUUGUAGAUAAUAGGAGUUCGAGAAAACAUAUCAUGCCAAAUAAAAAUAUCACUUUACAGCCCAUACCACAUAAUGCCCUGAACGAUUUAAAAAAAUCCUUAAUGAACUUAGAAAUACAUGAAACGGUACAAAGUAAAUAUGACUUUCUUGAAAACUCGCUGAUAGGUGUAAAUAAACUACGAACGAAAAAGGAUAAUAAUAACAAAUUAGGAAAUGAAACGAUAAAACUAAUGGAAGAGAGAAAUAAAAUGUUAGACAAUCGAAAAGAGAACCGUAAAGACAUAGCAAAUAUCAGUAAAAGGAUUCAAACAUCAAUAAGAAGACAUAGAAAAGAAGAAAGAAUUAAAGUACUAAGAGAACAAAUAGAAAAAACAGGAGGGACAAAAAAAGGACUUAAACAACUAAAAGAGUAUACAUUAUGGAUACCGAAAGUCAAAACUAAACCUAAAAACUAUAAGAGCAGACUAACCGUAAGAAGGUCAUCAAUUGAAAAAACAGCGACAGAGUUCUACAAACAAUUAUACACGGAAACGGAUAAAACAACGAAUACGGAAGAAAAGAAAAAGGAUGUAAUUGAAGAAGAUAUACCACACAUACUAGAAGCAGAAGUUCUCAGAGCAAUCCGCACCCAAAAAAGCGGAAAAGCAUCAGGAGAAGACAAAAUUUCAAAUGAACUACUAAAAGACACAAUAGCUUCAAUCAUCACGCCCCUAACCGACCUAUUCAAUGAAAUACUUGCUAACGAACAAAUCCCAACUCAGUGGACAAAAUCUACCAUAACUCUGCUGUAUAAAAAAGGCGAUAAAAGAGACAUCAACAAUUACAGACCUAUAUCGCUAAUGUCCAACUUAUAUAAAGUGUUUUCCAAAUGUGAGGUGCGACGGGACCGAUGGAAGCCAAGUAACGUUAGACCUGAAGAUGAACCUCAAAUGGAUCUGUAA